AUGCACGUGAACGGCAAAGUGGCGCUGGUGACCGGCGCGGCGCAGGGCAUCGGCAGAGCCUCGGCGGAGGCGCUGCUGCACAAGGGCGCCAAGGUAGCGCUGGUCGAUUGGAAUCUCGAAGCAGGUGUAAAGUGUAAAGCUGCCCUGGAUGAGCAGUUUGAACCUCAGAAGACUCUGUUCAUCCAGUGCGAUGUGGCUGACCAGGGACAACUGAGAGAUACUUUUAGAAAAGUUGUGGACCACUUUGGAAGAUUGGACAUUUUGGUCAAUAACGCUGGUGUCAAUAAUGAGAAAAACUGGGAAAAAACUGUGCAAAUUAAUUUGGUAUCUGUUAUCAGUGGGACCUACCUUGGCUUGGAUUACAUGAGUAAGCAAAACGGAGGAGAAGGUGGCAUCAUUAUAAACAUGUCAUCUUUAGCAGGGCUCAUGCCUGUGGCACAACAGCCUGUGUAUUGUGCUUCAAAGCAUGGCAUAAUUGGAUUCACACGUUCAGCAGCGAUGGCAGCGAAUCUCAUGAACAGUGGUGUUAGACUGAAUGCCAUUUGCCCAGGCUUUGUUAAUACACCCAUCCUUGAAUCCAUUGAGAAAGAAGAAAACAUGGGACAAUACAUAGAAUAUAAGGAUCAUAUCAAGGAUAUGAUGAAGUUCUAUGGAAUUUUGGACCCAUCAAUGAUUGCCAGUGGGUUAAUAACACUCAUUGAAGAUGAUGCUUUGAAUGGCGCUAUUAUGAAGAUCACAACUUCUAAGGGAAUUCAUUUUCAAGACUAUGAAACAACUCCAUUUCAUGCAAAAACUCAGUGA